GCCAGGACGGUUCGAUCGCAGGAUCAAAAGCUGGUUGCCCACAACCCAAGAAUUACCGUUCAAGCUGCAACUGUUACUGUCGCUAACGAUCCUUAUUAUUCGCGCCCGUGACCCUCCCUGAUUUUAUCCUGUGAUUCCCUCUCCCGGGUUGCAACCAUCGUCUUCGACUUGCGACAGCUUUAGACCGCGCCGAGCUCGCUCAACCAUCCCCGAAAUACCUGAACAAUCCCGAUAGACACAGCAGCACUUCGCAACGUGAUAAACGCGCUGUACGCCCCGAAGUGACCACGACAGAGGCGCCAAAAGGACGAGAGGGGCGAAACACCUUGGCAACGCCUACGCGUGCCAUUGCAGGGCGGCCAUCGAUAAUUCGCCCUUGGGACCAUCGCGUUCAGUCAACCAAGGAUCACCGCCAGUGCAACAACUGACCAAGCUACUAUUGACCUUUUCGAAAUCGCAAGAUCGACGCGACAAGGUGGAGGUUGCCUUUCACGACUCGAUUCAAAGAGGGUGACAAUUGUGGGAUCCUGAAGGAAACUCAGGACGAGCCCAAAAUGAGUGCUCAAACCCCUCGCACAUCCCUACGACAGGGACUGCGGCAACAGCCAAAAGUCAACCAACCUUUCAUCCCCGACACCGCGCCAGUACGGCGUGCUCAUAUCAGUGCGAAUCAAUCUCCACAGCCGUCAUCUGCUCUCCCGCAUUCAAUGUCACCCCCGCACUCGGAGAACCCUCAUAUCUCAACCCAGACCUGGGAAGGUAAGGAGCACAGAGUCCCUAUGUCGACGCGUGAGGUCUGGACACCGGGGAAUCGGCCCAGUCUGUUUAGUGGUCUGUCCGAAAAGGUGAAGGUAGCGAAGCAAGCAGACUUCUAUGACCCGUACUUUCCGCUUAGAUUUGUGGAGGUCCCGAAGUCCGACCAUAUCUACAAACGUGCGCACUAUGGCCUGCAAUCUGGGAUCGCAGACGAAGUCGACUUUGCUUUGUAUCAUCUCGUGCAAAUCUCAAAUCAACGUGGAGACAAAUUCAAAUUCGAAGGCUUCCCGCUAUUGGCAGAGAACUUGAUGGAAAAAGCCAUAGAAGUCUCAAUCCUCUGUACCGGGGUAAAGUGGGAGCUUCACUACAACUUCCAACAAAUUACAGAUCGCGUCAAUGUUCUUAACGCCCUUCACGGCACGCGCGACAUAUUAGAGAGGAUCAGAAAGAUACCAGUUAUUUUACCUGAUGAUUCGCUGGAGACGUACGAAUUCAACCAUCGGCUUCGAAAUAUCAAGGAAGCUACCCUUAUAUUGAGAAACAUGGUGCUAUUGAAGGACAAUGCCAUCUAUGCAUCGCGCUACGCCAGUGGUCUUCUAAGAGACUUCCUGGUAAUCAUGCUCAACAUUCCCAAUCAACCGAGAUUGAAUGAACUGAAAAAUGAUGCCUUGGAUAUCGCGGAGGAAGUGACCAGGUUCAUGAGAACCGAUCCUGAAGACCCGCUCUGGAUUUCACUACUAAACUGCCUUGACUCACCGGACCGCGCCCAUGUGGUUCGUGCACUCUGGGCUCUCACUCACUUCUCUACUGAACUAGACGAACCCGAAGCGAAUCGAGCAAUGGAGCGCAUACCAGAAGAAACGUUACAACAGCUAUACUUUCUCACUUUAAUGGACUUGGACAAGGACAUUCUGAGCGGCGCUCUUGACUUUUGGUAUCAAUACUCCCUCUCCCGCGAGAAUAUUGAGCACAUGCUGGAGGUUUUCAAUUUCCGGACAAUCUUCAUUCCACGGAUGAUUGCACUUUUGACGCACGAGGGCCGACCAAGCAAGAAGGAAACCGUCUUGCAGGAGGAGAAAGUAGCACCGCCUCCCACCGACAUACCACGUGUGCCCCAGGAACUGCUGAAGGACCUGCUAGAAUUGUCGGAACCUGAGCGUAGCUCGCGCUGGUUACGUUGCUGUUUUGUUGAAGAUGCAGAGUGCGAGAUUACUCAAAUCGCUCUGUGGCAGGCAUACCAAAGUCGUUUUGCUGACCCUCGAGUUCCCGGUGGUGGUGUCCUUCCCGCCGCAGAGUUCAUCAAGAAUGUCAGCACCACGUUUACAAAUGCUCAGGCCCAAGUGAUAAACGGGCCUGGAUCUUCAACGAGAUUCAUCAUCAAGGGAAUUCGACCUUUGGAAGUCGCAUAUACAUUUCAAGGCUUCCCUUACAUCUACUGCAAAUGGCAGGAGGCAAAACCCUGCCAACGCGCUUUCGCCACACCGACGGACCUCCGUAAUCACGUCUAUUCAGAUCACAUGAACCUCAAAGCAACCGAGACAGUGGGAGAAUACAACUUGGAAGCCGCAGAAUCACCUGUGCACACCUGUCUCUGGGACAACUGCACCAAAUUUCGCUCUUCUGGCCCUAGUGCGAAUACCGCAAUGGUAGCAGGCCAUGUCGCCUCUCAUCUUCCGGAAGACCGGCCUGAAGAUGCCGAACCGCCUACGUCGAAGCGUGCUGUGCUUCAAGAGCGCAUUGUGCGCAAGUGGUUCUAUAUGGAUACACCCGUCAGUGAGCGAGGGGAGCCCGUCGGUGUCGCGUACAAGGCUGCCCUUGUUCUGCGAAAUCUCGCCAGGAAUCUUCCGAAUGGAAUCGCUCCGAAUUUCAAUGGACUCUCCUGGAAGAAAGCUUCUUUUCUUAGCCAUCGACCAAAAAUCAUCGAAGUUUGGGACCGAAAUCGGUCACUCCGCAAGGAACUCACCGAGUUGAUCAUGAUACUAGAGAAGGAAGAAUACUACUGAAGGGACAACAAACCGUGUUCAAACCGCCAAGCUGGUACCGAAACAUUUUCCUCUCUCCGUUGUUUCUUCUGUACAAAUACCCUGGAGUUUCAACCCCAUCUCUCUAUCACUUUCGACUUUCUUCUUACUCAUAAAAGAUUCUUGAUGGCCUUCGGUUUAUGAUGUCUCGAUCCAUUUACUUUUCAUCGACGUGGCGUCUGGGCAACGGGGUAGAAUGGAGCUCGGCUUGUUAUUUUUGCUUUCCCUUUUUUUUUACCUUCUUAUAAUCCAUCUUGCGCUCUUGUAUUCUUGAUGAUUGUACCAUAAAGAAUGUGUCGAUGGGGCGGCUACACUCUGUUAAACAUUCGGUCAAACUGACCUCUUGAAGCUAAAUCCUUGUCAUAGCUGUGGAGAUAUGGGGUCAUCGUGCCGGUUCCGGUGGGUGGUACCUUCGAGGUCCUAUCUU